AUGGGACAGUUGAAGAGAACAGAGCCCAUCAUCAAACCCGUCGGCCGACGGAAACCCGGCCCAUGCUCUCCCGACCACAAGGCGAGAUUCCAUUUCCCACCAACCCCUCUAUAUAUCCCUUUUCUCUUCCCCUCCACGCCCAUUUCCCCUCGCCUUUCCCCACCUUCCGUCCUCCCCCCGUCGUCGCGGCUCCAGCUAGGGUUUCUCGCCCCCGCCCUCCCGCCCCACCGCCGGCCCCGUCCGCCAUGUCGAAGCAAGGAGGAAAGGCCAAGCCGCUCAAGCAGGCCAAGGUCGCCGAGAAGGACUACGACGAGAAUGACCUGGCAUACCUCCAGAAGAAGAAGGAUGAGCAAAAGGCCCUGAAGGAGCUGAAGGCCAAGGCAGGCCAGAAGGGUGCGCUGGGAGGAUCUGGUCUCAAGAAGAGUGGGAAGAAAUGAGUCUGCCCACCCAUUCGUAAUACCCAGAAAAUGAUAAUCUAUCUAUCUACCUAUCUGUGUCGCGCUUCACUAUCUGUGGUUGUAACAGACUACCUUCAGUUGUGUUGAGCAUUGUGCAUCGUCGCAGUAUGUCGCUGAAACCUAUGGCAUGUCAGCAGCCUCUUCUGCUUAUCUAUGAUACAGAUGGUCCGUAGCUAAUAAUGACAUGACUUGUUUUGUGAUGAAAA